AUGAAUGGUGGUAUUGCAACAUCAAAUGGAAAUGGUUUAUUUCUGGAACCCACCAAAUCAAGACAACAACAAUUUCAAUUUCCAAAAGAUAAGUUGGAAUUAAAUUAUCUACUAGAUCAAUACUACAAACUAUUAAUUGGAUCAAAAAGAAAUAAAGAUGAAACUUUAAAAUCAGAAUCUACAACUGCAAUAACUGAUCCUUAUCUUGAGGAUAAGAAGGAGAUUGAAGAUUUACUAGCAAAGCUUAACUCACAACAAAAAGAUUUCGAAAAGGAAGAAGAGAAUUUUCUCAACGAUUUAUUGAUUGAAGAUCCCGUAGAAUCAUUAGAUUUUUCAUUAUUUGAAAAACAAUUAGCAGGAUUUAAAUUGCUAUCGAAAGAUUAUGACUUGCCGGAAACUUUGCAAUCACAACUACAACUGAACAACAAAACCCAUCAGAUUGAUAAUAUAAUCGAAGAUUUAACAACCACCAAAAUAGAUUUUGAAGAGAGAGCAGCAGCUUCAGGAGUCAUCCCAGAAAAUAUGUACCUGGAUUUAGGCUUAAAUUAUGGUUCACUUGAUAAUAACUAUUACAGAGAGAGAAUAAUCACAAAUAAAAUUUCCCAGCGAUUGAAAGAAUUAGAGAAUUUACCUGCGAACUUAGGUACUUUCAAUGGUCCAAUAGAUGAAUUGAAAAUGAAGGCAUUAGUUGAAUUAAAAUCCUUGAGAGCUUUAGCAAAUCAAAAGAAAUUGAAAAAUUUAAUAUUAUCUCAAAAUUCAAUGCUGGUGAAAUACACACAUCCAAAUUUAAAAGACAUUCCAAUAUGUCUAUCCGAGAAGAGACAAUUUGGUGUGAGACCUAAAGUCGAACAACAACAUCCAGAAUUAUUAGCUAUUCAAUUACAGAAGUUGAAAAAACAAGAAGCUAAAGAAUUAAAACGUCGACAACAAAAGGUUAAAGUUGAUCAAAUCAUAGAAAAUUCCAAUAACAGAAUUGAAAGAAAUAAUAUAAUAGAUAGUUAUAGAAAUGUUCAUUUGGUUAAACAAAUUAACAAUUAUCACCUGAUUACAGAAAAAGAGGAAAGUAAAAAAUUGGAAAAGAAUGCCAAACAGAGAUUACAAGCAUUAAAAGCAAAUGAUGAAGAAGCUUAUCUUAAAUUGUUGGAUGAGACUAAAGAUCACAGAAUUACACAUCUUUUAAAACAAACCAAUCAAUUUUUGGACUCCUUGACUGAACAAGUUAAAGCACAACAGGAUGAAGCAAAUGGUACGAUAAAAAGUGCGACUCCAGAAGUUAUUGAAGAAGCUGGUGAUGAAGAAAUUAAAGAUGCCAAAGAAGAAUUACGUGAGAAAACGGAUUAUUAUGAAGUUGCUCAUAAGGUUAAAGAGAAAAUCACGGAACAGCCAAAGAUUUUAGUAGGAGGGAAAUUGAAAGAAUAUCAAAUGAAAGGUUUGGAAUGGAUGGUAUCACUAUACAAUAAUCACUUAAAUGGAAUAUUAGCAGAUGAAAUGGGAUUAGGUAAAACCAUUCAGUCCAUUUCGUUAGUAACAUAUUUGAUUGAAAAGAAACAAGAAUCGAAGUUUUUGGUCAUUGUCCCAUUAUCAACUAUAACGAAUUGGACUUUAGAAUUUGAAAAAUGGGCUCCUUCGGUUAAAGUAAUAGUGUACAAGGGUUCGCAACAACAAAGAAAAUCCAUGCAAAAUGAUAUCAGAUUUGGAAAUUUUCAAGUUAUGCUUACCACAUAUGAAUAUGUUAUUAGAGAACGUUUAUUACUAGCAAAAUUUCAUUAUUCUCAUAUGAUUAUAGAUGAAGGUCAUAGAAUGAAAAAUGCAAAUUCGAAAUUAUCACAAACUUUAAGGCAAUACUAUAAAACCAAAAAUAGAUUAAUUUUAACUGGUACUCCCUUACAAAAUAAUUUACCAGAAUUAUGGGCAUUAUUAAAUUUCGUACUUCCGAAAAUUUUCAAUUCAGUAAAAUCAUUUGAUGAAUGGUUUAAUACUCCUUUCGCUAAUACUGGAGCACAAGAAAAAAUAGAAUUAACUGAAGAAGAAUCGCUUUUAGUUAUAAGAAGAUUGCAUAAGGUUUUAAGACCAUUUUUAUUGAGAAGAUUGAAAAAAGAUGUUGAAAAAGAUUUACCUGACAAAGUUGAGAAAGUAUUAAAAUGUAAUUUAUCUGGUUUACAAUAUGUGUUGUAUCAACAAAUGUUGAAACAUAAUGCUUUAUUUGUUGGUUCAGAAGUUACUGGUGCUAAAAGUGGUAUCAAAGGUUUGAAUAAUAAAAUUAUGCAAUUGAGAAAAAUUUGUAAUCAUCCAUUUGUAUUUGAAGAAGUUGAAACUGUUUUAAAUUCAACUAGAUUAACCAACGAUUUAAUUUGGAGAACCAGUGGUAAAUUUGAAUUACUAGAUAGAGUUUUACCGAAAUUCCAAAAACUGGGUCAUAGAGUUUUGAUGUUUUUUCAAAUGACUCAAAUAAUGGAUAUCAUGGAAGAUUUUUUAAGAUUUAGAGAAAUGACUUAUUUGAGGUUGGAUGGUUCCACAAAAGCUGAUGAACGUCAAGAUAUGUUAAAAGUAUUUAAUGCACCAAAUUCGGAAUAUUUUUGCUUUUUAUUAUCAACAAGAGCAGGUGGUUUAGGUCUUAAUUUACAAACUGCAGAUACUGUAAUAAUUUUUGAUACCGAUUGGAAUCCUCAUCAAGAUCUACAAGCACAAGAUAGAGCUCAUAGAAUUGGUCAAAAAAAUGAAGUUCGUAUUCUUAGAUUAAUUACAAACGACUCAGUUGAAGAAGUUAUAUUGGAAAGAGCUCAUCAAAAAUUAGAUAUUGAUGGUAAAGUUAUUCAAGCAGGUAAAUUUGAUAAUAAAUCUACAGCUGAAGAACAAGAAGAAUUUUUAAAAAAAUUAUUGGAAGCAGACGCAACUGGUGGAGAUAAUGAUGAGAAUGAUUCAUUGGAUGAUGAAGAAUUAAAUGAAAUUCUUGCAAGAAGUGAAGAAGAAAAAAAUAUGUUUAAUGAAAUGGAUCGUCAACGUAAAAAUUCAGAUCCUUAUGAUCGUCAUAGAUUAAUUGAAAAAUCAGAAUUACCAAAAAUAUUUACAGAAGAUAUUUCACAUCAUUUUGAACCAAAUGUAAAAGAAUUAGGUAGAAUGAGAGAAAAGAAAAAAGUUAUGUACGAUGAUGGAUUAAGCGAAGCUCAAUGGUUAAAAGCAAUGGAUGAUGACGAUGAUACUGUGGAAGAAGCAAUAAAAAGAAGAGAGUUAAAUGCAAGUAGGAGGAAAAGGAAAAGAGUUGAAGAUGAUGAAGAGGAUGAUCUAAUAAUAUAA